UAUUCUUCUAUAGGACGGAUUUCUUUUGCUUUCGGACACUCUCUUGAUCCUCUUCUAUUUCUUUCCUUCUUUGCAUUUUCACCUGACCUUCUUGUUCCUAUCCCCAUUGUGCUGAACCGAACCGGUUCCUUAUCGAGUCGCAUUAUCAACCCUGGAGAAACCCCGUGGCCUUGAUCUACCCCCCGCGUCCCUCUUUUGUGGAGUCGAACCUUCGCUAUCAUCUUGAUCGCAUACAAUUUGCACUCGAGCCCAAGGCAUGACAGUAUCGCCUUGGUCCGCGCUACUCUUGGCAUCAGAGUAGCAACCCUUCUCUUGACCGACACCGGUACAAAUCCAUCUUGAUAUUGAACCAUUUCUUCAGUAUGAAUGGACAUGGGACUGAAGUUCGGACUGGGCGCACAUCCCCUCCGGCUGCUCCCUUUGGAUACUCCUUUCUCUCCCCCAUGGACACCCCCUUUGAACAGGCACCUGCUCUACCCCCAGGACCUUCUCUUCUUGACGAUAAUGAAUCCAAUAUGCUCGACAACUUCUUUACUACCAUGAAUGCAAACCACUUUACGAAUGAUUUCUGGAUGCGACAAGAACAUAAAUCCGGGGCACCCAACUUUGACUGGUCGGGUGAGCUGCCACCCAACUUCGAGGGAUCAACCACGUCCCUAUCACAGCCUUCAUUUCAGCAGCAUGGGCUAGGCAAAGCAUCCGGGGGAAUGAUGACAGACAACCCUACAAGCUCGGACAUAUUUGCCGCAGCUUCCAUGCUCUACCACAGCGGUCUAAACGGAUCAGAGUUAGGAUCCACAUUAGCACAACAGGCUUUUGCGGGACAGUCUCUGCCUACCCAUGGGAUACAACGAAAGAACAAUUCACAUACUGCCGGUACUGCACAGGGUUCAACUUCAUCUCCAGCCCGGGUGGAUGUCCCGAUUGGAUAUCAUACCUCGGAGAUGUUUUUUGACGUCCGUGACCCCAUUCCUGUGGACCAACAUCCAUCAAGAAAGGCCCGCAGUUUGCGAUGGGGCUCAGAUGCCAGUUUCAUGGACCAAGGCUACCUUCGCCCCCCUGACCAGCCCGACGAGGAACAGCGGACAAAUGACUUGCUCGAUCAUCUCGGGUGCUUUGAACGGCAAAGCAGUGCAGCAAACACCCGCGCACCUAGUCCAGAGCGCAUGGUUGGGGCUCCCCCUCAAGGUCCCACCUUCCUAAGUGGUGCUGUCCUGGACGAGAGCUUACAUCCCCGAAAACGGCAAAGGGCCUUGAAAGAAGAGGGCGAUGACUACUCCGAUGAUGAUGAUGAUGCACGACCUCACUCAAGAAAAUCUAGAGGGUCUAUCAGCAAAGGCCGACGGGUUUCAACGGAUAUGUCUCGAAAAGCCCGACUUCAAGCAGGGUCCAAAGCUGCACGAGAGAAUCUUACAGAAGAACAAAAACGGACCAACCACAUCCUUUCGGAGCAGAAACGCCGAAAUCUAAUUCGCCAAGGGUUCGAAGACUUGUGCACAUUGGUCCCUGCGCUUAGAGGCGGCGGGUUCAGCAAAAGCGCAAUGCUCACUGGAGCUGCUGACUGGCUUGAAGACCUUCUCCGGGGGAAUGACAUACUCCAAGGCCAACUGCAUGACUUGAAGGGCAUCAAUGGCUUGGUGAUGCCGCGUUGAUACCCUCUGUGACACGAUCACAACGUUAAUAUAUGAUCUCAUGGAUGGCCCCUGCCUCUUUUCUUUGCGGGGAUUGCAAGCGUUUCAGCGAGUGGACAGUUUUGUGCAUGCACGCCGGCGAAUUAGCAUUUCAUUUUCGCAAAUAUCGGCAACAAGAUACCAUUUUUCUUUUCUCUGCAUACUCUUCCGCCGUCUUUUUUCCAUCUAACCGCCGUAGGUGAUACAAGUCAUCUUUCGGCUGGUCCUUGGCAAAUAUCGAUACCCUAG